GUGCACGUGCGCGUCAAAUAUAAACAACUUGAGUAGCAGACGCUUUUUUGAUCUGUCAAAUAAAUACUUCCAUGAAAAAUGGCAUGGUCAGGAAGAUUUGAUGACUUCAGCACAUAUUCAGCUAUUGAUGACAAUAGAAAACAGAGGAGCAGGUCAUCAGCUGGCAGUAACAGUUUUGGAACAUCGUCUUCUGGAGUUUCAGUGAACAUCAAUGAAAUAACUCAAGAUAUUACCUAUGUGAACCUUAUUGGAGCAGUACUCACAAAAGAUGGACCAAAAUCAAUCAUUAGCAAAAAGGGCUCUGGUUCUGAAAGAUUCCUGGUUUCAUUUGCUCUCAGGGAUAGUCCAGAUGCAUUUAUCAAUUGUACAUGCUGGGGCAAUGAAGGAUUUAUCACUUACCUGGCACAGUCCUUCAACAUUGGAGAUAUUGUUGAAGUGAGAAAUGCCCAGGUUCAAAGCAAGUCAAUGAACCCGAGUGAUGACAGAUACAAACCAUGGACACCAAGUGGAUUUCAGCUGAAUCUUUCAGAAAACCACAGUUGUGUAGAGCCAUACUCAGGCUGGGAUCUCUCUACAUACAACAGUCUGAAACACCUUCCUACCCAACCUAACAAUGACUACUACACACUGGAGGAUGUCAGUGUCAAUGGCACAGCGCUACAGGGGGAACAUGUUAAUCUCCUUGUUGCUGUCAAACAGGUUUGGCCAGCAAGAGAUAUUACCACAAAAACAGGCAAACAAACCAGGAAAUGUGAUGUCGUUCUCUGUGAUGAAACCUGCUCAAAUUUCAUACUCACUCUGUGGGACAACUAUGUGGAGUUUGCCUUGAACUGGGUCCCUCGUCAAACAAUAAUAUUUGCUGCAGAUGUUAAGAUCCUUCACAAUAGCUACAAAGACUGCAUGUCUGCAACUGCUGAUAGUAAAACUGUGUUCACUGUUGACCCAGAUACUCCAGAAGGCCAUAUCUUGUACCAGUUUGUGAAAUCCCAGGCAGACAUGGGCUCAAGCUUCUUGGCAGACACUGACAGGAGGGAACAGGACCCUGAGUUGUCAAGCAUCAGGGAUGUUUAUAGUGUGGAGAAGGUAAAGCAGUGGAAGACAGCAGUGUCUGACGAGGAGCAGAGUGUACACUACUGUGUCAUGUAUGUCUAUGUCACCUCAUUCAACAUUGAUGCUGACAACAACACAGUAUUCAAGAAUAUAUGCUCCAAAUGUAAGAGAGAGCUAAAGGCUGAUACAGGAUUUAUUUGCACCAAUGACCAAUGUCCUGGAAGUGACCCAAUGGCCACUGACAUGUCUGGCCCUACUGUGGAGUUCAACAUCUGGCUGUCUGUCUCAGACCACACAGGCACCCUUGACUACUGUAAUCUUCAAGGGGCACCUGCAGAAGAAGUGCUGGGCUGUAGGGCUGCUGAGUUUCAGUCUUUUGGCAAUCCGAAGAAAACCAGUAUCAAGUGGUCUUAUCUGAUGGAGAGAUGCAAACUCGUACUCAAGAUGAAGAAGAUUUCGACUGACUUCAGCACAAAAACAUCAUUUCGAAUCCUGUCAUUGUCGAAGCCCCACGCAACAGAGAUAAUAAAUGCAACAAAUUUCAAUUACUGAAAAGAAUAGAAUUUCUGUAAAUACAGAAGAAUGACAGUUUUCUAUGUUGUUGUAUUGGUAGUUUUGCCAUUUCAAAAAUCUGCAAUGAAUGAUAAUCUCAAAAUGCUCAGUUCAGAAAACACAGCAUUACAGUGACAUGUUCAGCUUCUUACUCUGAAAAAUAUCACAAGAGAAUACAAACCUUGAGGUUACAUAACUAGUUAUUAAUCUUUGUAUGAGUUCUGGUAACUCUUUCAUGUGCUAUUUAAUAAGAAGGACUGUUGAUAUUAAACUAUAUUUGUUGAAUUCACCAAGUAAGCCCUGAUGGGUCAAACACCAGUACUGUGAUACAUCUAAUGUUCUCUGUGAUACAGGAUGUUGUGAUCUCAUCUCAUUCUGCUUUUUCCUGUAUUUUUAUGUUCAUUGAAAUGAAUAUUAAACUUGUCUUUAUUUGG